UCAAAAUCGAAAACGGCAAAGAGAAGAGAAAGCGAGGGAGGGAAACUCAUGCGAAAUCGACAGAAGGAAACGAAUCGAGAGUCGAAAUCGAAGCGAAAUCAGCGGAGUGCCAGCGAAAGCAGGAAGAAAGCGACGAAACCCAGAAAAAUCGAGAGCCAGACGAACAAAAUGAAGCCAUCGUCGUCGAGGGAAGGAGGUCGCGGUCGAGGUCGAGGUCGAGUCGGUGCUGGAACCAGAGUGGUGUCGAGGUUUGCCGGCGAGAGAACGCAGACGGAGCCUGAGUCGGAGAAUACGGACACGGAGACGUAUACAGAGCCGGAGCCAGAAAGAACAAUGGAGGGAAAUGCUUCUCCGAAAACACAUGUAAGUAAAAAUCUGGGUUUAGGGUUUUCAUGUUGGAAUUAGAUUUAAAUCUGGGUUUUUAAAGUCUGGGUUAAAGGGGAGUGUGAUGUCGGAUAAUGCGAAGAGUUGAACAGAUUUGGUGAAAUCGUGCUCAUGUAACUUUUUAAUUUUAAGUAUUUUAUACGAAGUAGCAAUUAAGAAAUGAUAGUGAAGUAGUGGAAUUUCAAACCCGUUUCUGAGAAUGUCGUGUUGUGAUGUAUGUUUGAUGAAUCUCGUUGUUUUGUUGCAGAUUUGGGAUAUACCCAAAGCCGAAUUCUACUAUGAAUUUGACGACAUGAACAAGAUUUCGGUGAAGUUAUCGUCAAAGUGUUUCCACAUAGAAGCUGUGGAAUUUCUCGAGAACCACAUGACGGAGGAGGAAAAAAAGUAUUUCACCGAACAAUCGCAAUUCAGACACAUAUUUCAUAUGAAGAAGAAACAGUCACUGAAGAUGAGUUUAAUGGUUGCACUCAUCAACCGAUCAGUCAAGACCAAGAAAGAUGACGAGUUAUUGUUCGUGAUGAACGGAGUCCCAAUUAGGUAUUCGCUGUGGGAACACGCUAUUCUCUGUGGUUUAAAUUGUUCUCCGUUGCCUGAGAAUUGGGAGGAAAUUGGAGGGUUCGAAUUCUACCGUAAAUUCUUUGGUCAAGAGAGUUUUGAAAAGGUUAUGAAAGCAGAAGUAAUGAAGAAGUUUGGAGAAUUGGCUGUAGAUGACAGAGAUGACCGAUUGAAGAUGACUUAUUUGUUGUUGCUCAGUUAUGUCAUUGGGCACCAACAUUCGGAAUACGUGAAUCCAUUUCUGUUGAAGAUUGUCAACAAUGUGGAUGCAUGCGAAAAAUUCCCUUGGGGGACGUUCACGUUCAACAAUGUUCAUGAGUUUGUGAUGAACUAUCUGAAUAAACAUCGGAAGCCGGCUAAUCAGUGGAACUUACCAGGGUUUAUAAUUCCCCUCACGAUGUUGCCGUUCGAAUGUAUUCCCAAGCUUCGUUCAGGCGGAUGGUAUAGUGAAGUCAUGGUGGAAGGAAAUGUGAAACAAUCCUGUCCAAGGAUGUGCCGACGAUGUUUCAUUCUGAAAAAGAAGUAUGGAAUCAGACAAGGUCUGACAAGGAUCGGAAGGACGCAGGUCAGUUCCAAAAGAGUAGUAAUAGUGUAGUCUGAAAAAAUAGUGUUAGGGAAGUUGAAAAACAGUUGUGGUUUUUAGUCGUUUUCUUACUUGAGCAUUUAAUUUCAGGAUAUUGCGAGCAUUCUAAUUCCAGAGGAGGCUGAGAGCCAUCUGGUUGUGCAUUUGGAGACAAUUGAUAAUGUUGAUGAGGUGGUUGAUGAUGGGAUUCCUGGGAUCUCUA